AUUGCUUGCAACAAGGUCAUACCAGCAGAAUUUGUAAGUUGAACCGAACAUGCUCAGUACCAGGAUGUCAGAGAAAACAUACAAAGUUUCUCCACUUAUUUCGGGAAAGCUUGUCACCUGAAAGAGGUACUCCGCAUCAAGAGAUAGAGAAUCAGCCUCAACCAAAUAAACAUUUGAUAUCAUCUUCCACUCAAACGCCAUUUGAUGAAAUCCAAACAGCUCAGAAUAGCUUCAUUGAUAAGUCGGUCACAGGGGCCGGUAGGUGUGUACUUCCCAUCGUUCCAGUUAGGGUAAGGGCACACAACGAGAGCCAGUCUGUUGAAACUUACGCACUCCUAGAUACUGGUUCUACCAGCACGUUUUGUACAGCAGCCCUAUCCAGACAACUUAAUGCAGUGGAAAGGAAGCAAAGUCUAAAUCUAUCAACACUUGGAAGAUCUAACAGCACAGUAGAUACAUCAGUUGUUAGCCUCAUAGUAGACACAGGCAAAGAUACAGAGAUAGUGAAGUUACCACGUGUAUAUACAAGAGAGUCAAUCAACGUCAAAGAAUCUCACAUCGCCAAGAUGGAAGACAUCAGAGGAUGGAACCACCUAGAAGGAAUCAACAUUCCUAUCGUCACACAACAUGAAGUUGGACUUUUGAUCGGACAAGAUGUGCCUGGAGCAUUGAUACCUAUAGAAAUUAGAGCAUCCGAGGAUGGACCUUAUGCUGUAAGAACCAAAUUAGGAUGGGCAGUAAGUGGUCCUGUCCAGCCCAAGAUGCCAGAAGACAUACACACAGCUACUACAAGCUUUGUUGGUAGCGACAUCAAACUGGAGGAUGGCAGACUUCAGAUAUUCAGGAAGAAUGAAAGCUCAGAAGUUCUUCAGAAGGACAAGGUUUCGUCCAUCAAUGUUAGUAAUGCGUCAGCUUUCCGGGAGAGUAGUGGUAAAAAGGAUGGAGUUCACAACCUAUCGCCAACGUCGUUUGAGAAGAAAACGCCAAAACUACCAGACGACAUUUUGACUGCAGAACAGCGUUUGCAGUCGUCACCCAAGAGAUUACUGAUAGAUGAUACACUUCAGAAGAAACACCAAGUGGACGUAGAACAUAUGCUAAGUAACUACUCUAUAAUGAAAGUUAAUAAGACAGAACAAUUAGAAGAUAUAACCUCAUUGUACUUACCUCACCAUUUAAUCAUAAGUCCACAAGUUAUUAGUGAUUGUGUGGCAAAGCAUAAUGAAGAAGCAUUACCUGACAAGGUUCCACAGGGGCCGGACCUGGCCAAUCUGCCCAGAGUGUCACCUGGUAAACCUUUAUUUGGCUACAUGUAUUUUGGAGUUGACAGUUUCACACCGUACAUUGUAAAACAAAGAAAUUCAGAAAAGGGAUACGGUUGAAUCUGUACACGUACAUGUUUGGUCAUAAAAAUUAUCUGAUACAUAUGUAUUUUGUUAGAGAAAAUAUUUGAAUUUAAGGCACUACAAAGAUAUAUUUCUCAUUGUGGUGAAAGUGUAAAAAUGUAGCAGGUGAGAUCCAAAAAGGACCAGUUCAGAAAUCGUAUUUUUGGAAAUAGCAGAAAGUUUAAAAUUAGUGAGUAAAAUUUUCUUUAUAUUGAAUUUGCUCUUAUAGAACAAUACAAGACGAUUAGUGUGGUACCAGGUCGAUUGAAAAUUGAUAAUUUGAUAGCACAGCAAAAGCAGGAAUUGCUAAUCAAGGAAAAGGAAUUUGCAUCAGUUAUCAAGAAUUGUUUUGAAAUGCUCAAAGGAAUGUUCAAAAAUUUGAAACCAAUCAUUCUCAUUGUUUCGAGAUGAAUGACUGUUAGAGUGGAGGACAUUUUCAAGCAGUUUAUCACGACGACAUUCAGCCAAGCAGCAAAUCAUUCUUAAAGAAUGGAAAGUUUAGAAACAUUCAAGACUUAAAACAAGACUAUAAUGAAUCAUGAGUUACAACAUGAACAGUUUGAAAUUGACGACAACAUGAAGAACUUUGAAUUUCAAGAUGAUGGACAUAAUAAGUUCCGAAAUUCAUUAAAACGUUUAUUAAAUUGUGGAUUGAAGAAAGACUAUAUAAAAGGGAUAUUUCAACUUGAUAAGAGACUAGUUAAUCUAGUAAAUGUAUCUCAUCCUCAGGAUGUAUUUUUUGUGUAUUUUGUGAUCUAAAAGGCAUAUUUGAUGAUCACAGUUGAUAAAGUAUGUUAUUCAAACAAGACUAUUCUUACAAAGGUGCCAGAUUUGAUGCAGAGAGUUUGAUAUUGUCAUUGCUGAUUAAGAGGAGACAAAAAACAGGUUCACUUUUGAGUUUAAACACCGACUCAAUUCAAGUGUUUUUGCAAGAAAAGAAUAGUUGGAAAUAUUCAAAGAGUUGUAAGGAUUGAAGAUACAUAACGUUAGAUUUAUACUUUGUGUAUAUACUGUAUGCUCAGCUAGAAUUUGAAUUUAAUCUGUGAAGACCCAGAAAAUGAUAUGAUAUUGUGUAAUAGGGAACACAAUGUUUGUAAAAAAUAAUAGGACAUAGAUGUUAAUUUAUGUUUUAAAGGGACAAUGUUUUAUAGAUGAUUGCAGGAAAAAGGCAAUUCAUUAUUUUCUUGAGCAUAACUGAAUGUCUCUAGGUCACAAGCAUUUAAAGUUUAUAUCAAAUUAUUUUCUAGACUGCCAUAUUGGAAAGGGUUGUCGAUUUCAAUUGUUGUCAAAGCCAAUUAUGUGUACUAAAGCAAAUAGUGCAUGUUAUUAUUUAUAUACAGGUACAUGCAAUUUAAAGGUAUUUGGAGUUUAGUGUAUUCUUACUUACCAGUCAGUUCAAAUGAUUAAAGGGAAGCAAGAUACAGUGUAAAUUUUAAUCGUGAAAGAAAAAAUUGAUAAAUGCUCCGUUGUGUCUAUGCAUUUAAGGGGCCGGAGUGUAAGAUUUAGAAAGUGUAUUUUUUCUUUGAAAUAUUUAACAUGACGUCAGAGACGUUAAUUGAGUUGUAGCAUCAUUUAUCUGGGUCGAUAGAGGGCGUUGGAAAUUUGCCUUGCCAAGAUCGACAAAGAUUUAAAGUUCAGCCCGUCGUGACUUUACAGUAGAAUUCAAGAUAAUCGGUACAAGUCCAAUGUUAUUGAACAUGCUCGAUGGUAUGCUCGAUGGUAUGCUAGAUGGUAUGCCCAGAUUGUAUACUUCAUGCAUCGUAUGAUAACUGGAAAUUCCGCGUCACCGAGUCUUUUGUUUGAGUACUGUCUACUGUCAAGUCACUAGUAGUUAUACGUCACAAAAAAGAUUGAACAUGCUCGAUGGUAUGCUCGAUGGUAUGCUAGAUGGUAUGCCCAGAUUGUAUACUUCAUGCAUCGUAUGAUAACUGGAAAUUCCGCGUCACCGAGUCUUUUGUUUGAGUACUGUCUACUGUCAAGUCACUAGUAGUUAUACGUCACAAAAAGUUCAAUAACAAUCGUCACCGUAAGAACAGUCGUCACCGUCAAGAACAGUCGCCAUGAGUGGAUCAUCUGAAAGUAUCAAGUCCGAGGACUCGGCCAGCCAAGGUGGUAAGAGUUCAACAGCGUCAUCGAGGAUAAAGACGAAGGCCAAGAAGGCAGCCCUGGCAGCAGAGCUAGCAUCCUUGAAGGAACAGCAUGAGUUAGAGCUUCAAGAAUUUCAUCUACAGCAAAAGAAGGCACAGUUUAUGUUAGAAACUAAGCUCAAAGUUGCAGCAGCAGAAGAGGCUGUAUAUGAACAAUUUGAUCAGCAUCCCAGUCAACUCGACAUUAAGAUAGAACCCACAAGUGAAGAACUUGGUCAACAGCAGCAGCCCAUUCAGCCACAGAUUCAGGCCAGCGAGCAUCGCAACAAUGUACGUCAGGAGAAUUUGGAAGACACAAUGCCAUACCCGCAGCACAACCAAGAUUUGUAUCAGUAUCAGCAAAUACAGGAUCGUUUGUUGGAAGCAAUAAGCCUGUCAAAUGUGGAAAUCAUGAAGUUUAACGGUAACCCUUUACACUAUCAUGAGUUCAUGGCAUGUUUUGAUAAUUUGAUAGGCUCGUCUACACUAGACAGAGGGACAAAGCUCAUGAAGUUGUAUCAGUGCUGUGAAGGGGAUGUAAAGAACAUCAUACAGUGUUGUAUGGUAAUGGAUCCAGUGCUAGGAUAUCAACGCGCCAGAGAAUUACUGAGAGAACGCUUUGGCAGUAGAUUUAAGAUAGGAGAAGCAUGGAUUGAACAGAUAACUAAUGGUUCAGCACUUCAUGCAAAUGAUAGAACUGGACUACGCAAGUUUGCUGACGAAUUACAGGUAUGUCUUGAGACUCUUAAGGCAUUGAAUCUGACAAAGGAAAUCAGCAGUAACAGAGAGCUGGUCAAACUGGCAGAAAGACUACCAUUUCAUCUCAAAGCUAGAUGGUUGAAAGUAGUGAGAGACAUUAGGCAAAGAGGUCGAUCUCCAGAUAUCACUGACAUGGUGAAGUUUGUAUCUGAUGCCGCCGAAGAAGUUAACGAUCCAGUCUUCGGUGAGCUGACUGCGACUUCUCCAAGAUCAGCAUCUAAACCAAGCUUCAACAAGCAACAUUCAAAGAGCAGCUACUCUACAGCAGUCACUGAUAAUUCAAGCUUUCCUAAGCCCAAGAAGUGCUUCAAGUGUUAUCAAGACCAUACCUUGUUUGGUUGUGACAGCUUUAAGUCUCUGACACCUGAUGAGAGAUUUAAAUUUGCACAAGAGAACAGACUAUGUUUCAAUUGCUUGCAACAAGGUCAUACCAGCAGAAUUUGUAAGUUGAACCGAACAUGCUCAGUACCAGGAUGUCAGAGAAAACAUACAAAGUUUCUCCACUUAUUUCGGGAAAGCUUGUCACCUGAAAGAGGUACUCCGCAUCAAGAGAUAGAGAAUCAGCCUCAACCAAAUAAACAUUUGAUAUCAUCUUCCACUCAAACGCCAUUUGAUGAAAUCCAAACAGCUCAGAAUAGCUUCAUUGAUAAGUCGGUCACAGGGGCCGGUAGGUGUGUACUUCCCAUCGUUCCAGUUAGGGUAAGGGCACACAACGAGAGCCAGUCUGUUGAAACUUACGCACUCCUAGAUACUGGUUCUACCAGCACGUUUUGUACAGCAGCCCUAUCCAGACAACUUAAUGCAGUGGAAAGGAAGCAAAGUCUAAAUCUAUCAACACUUGGAAGAUCUAACAGCACAGUAGAUACAUCAGUUGUUAGCCUCAUAGUAGACACAGGCAAAGAUACAGAGAUAGUGAAGUUACCACGUGUAUAUACAAGAGAGUCAAUCAACGUCAAAGAAUCUCACAUCGCCAAGAUGGAAGACAUCAGAGGAUGGAACCACCUAGAAGGAAUCAACAUUCCUAUCGUCACACAACAUGAAGUUGGACUUUUGAUCGGACAAGAUGUGCCUGGAGCAUUGAUACCUAUAGAAAUUAGAGCAUCCGAGGAUGGACCUUAUGCUGUAAGAACCAAAUUAGGAUGGGCAGUAAGUGGUCCUGUCCAGCCCAAGAUGCCAGAAGACAUACACACAGCUACUACAAGCUUUGUUGGUAGCGACAUCAAACUGGAGGAUGGCAGACUUCAGAUAUUCAGGAAGAAUGAAAGCUCAGAAGUUCUUCAGAAGGACAAGGUUUCGUCCAUCAAUGUUAGUAAUGCGUCAGCUUUCCGGGAGAGUAGUGGUAAAAAGGAUGGAGUUCACAACCUAUCGCCAACGUCGUUUGAGAAGAAAACGCCAAAACUACCAGACGACAUUUUGACUGCAGAACAGCGUUUGCAGUCGUCACCCAAGAGAUUACUGAUAGAUGAUACACUUCAGAAGAAACACCAAGUGGACGUAGAACAUAUGCUAAGUAACUACUCUAUAAUGAAAGUUAAUAAGACAGAACAAUUAGAAGAUAUAACCUCAUUGUACUUACCUCACCAUUUAAUCAUAAGUCCACAAGUUAUUAGUGAUUGUGUGGCAAAGCAUAAUGAAGAAGCAUUACCUGACAAGGUUCCACAGGGGCCGGACCUGGCCAAUCUGCCCAGAGUGUCACCUGGUAAACCUUUAUUUGGCUACAUGUAUUUUGGAGUUGACAGUUUCACACCGUACAUUGUAAAACAAAGAAAUUCAGAAAAGGGAUACGGUUGAAUCUGUACACGUACAUGUUUGGUCAUAAAAAUUAUCUGAUACAUAUGUAUUUUGUUAGAGAAAAUAUUUGAAUUUAAGGCACUACAAAGAUAUAUUUCUCAUUGUGGUGAAAGUGUAAAAAUGUAGCAGGUGAGAUCCAAAAAGGACCAGUUCAGAAAUCGUAUUUUUGGAAAUAGCAGAAAGUUUAAAAUUAGUGAGUAAAAUUUUCUUUAUAUUGAAUUUGCUCUUAUAGAACAAUACAAGACGAUUAGUGUGGUACCAGGUCGAUUGAAAAUUGAUAAUUUGAUAGCACAGCAAAAGCAGGAAUUGCUAAUCAAGGAAAAGGAAUUUGCAUCAGUUAUCAAGAAUUGUUUUGAAAUGCUCAAAGGAAUGUUCAAAAAUUUGAAACCAAUCAUUCUCAUUGUUUCGAGAUGAAUGACUGUUAGAGUGGAGGACAUUUUCAAGCAGUUUAUCACGACGACAUUCAGCCAAGCAGCAAAUCAUUCUUAAAGAAUGGAAAGUUUAGAAACAUUCAAGACUUAAAACAAGACUAUAAUGAAUCAUGAGUUACAACAUGAACAGUUUGAAAUUGACGACAACAUGAAGAACUUUGAAUUUCAAGAUGAUGGACAUAAUAAGUUCCGAAAUUCAUUAAAACGUUUAUUAAAUUGUGGAUUGAAGAAAGACUAUAUAAAAGGGAUAUUUCAACUUGAUAAGAGACUAGUUAAUCUAGUAAAUGUAUCUCAUCCUCAGGAUGUAUUUUUUGUGUAUUUUGUGAUCUAAAAGGCAUAUUUGAUGAUCACAGUUGAUAAAGUAUGUUAUUCAAACAAGACUAUUCUUACAAAGGUGCCAGAUUUGAUGCAGAGAGUUUGAUAUUGUCAUUGCUGAUUAAGAGGAGACAAAAAACAGGUUCACUUUUGAGUUUAAACACCGACUCAAUUCAAGUGUUUUUGCAAGAAAAGAAUAGUUGGAAAUAUUCAAAGAGUUGUAAGGAUUGAAGAUACAUAACGUUAGAUUUAUACUUUGUGUAUAUACUGUAUGCUCAGCUAGAAUUUGAAUUUAAUCUGUGAAGACCCAGAAAAUGAUAUGAUAUUGUGUAAUAGGGAACACAAUGUUUGUAAAAAAUAAUAGGACAUAGAUGUUAAUUUAUGUUUUAAAGGGACAAUGUUUUAUAGAUGAUUGCAGGAAAAAGGCAAUUCAUUAUUUUCUUGAGCAUAACUGAAUGUCUCUAGGUCACAAGCAUUUAAAGUUUAUAUCAAAUUAUUUUCUAGACUGCCAUAUUGGAAAGGGUUGUCGAUUUCAAUUGUUGUCAAAGCCAAUUAUGUGUACUAAAGCAAAUAGUGCAUGUUAUUAUUUAUAUACAGGUACAUGCAAUUUAAA